AUGCUGGGACGCUCUGGGGGAGGAGUCAAGAGCCAUCUACCUCUUCAUUGGCUGGAACCUUGCCUGCCCUCUAGGCCCCGCCCCCGAUUUCCUGACCCUCCCCUUCCUCUGAAACUGCGUUGCAGUCCCGCCCACCUCCCAGUACUUCCUGUUCCCCGCUAACCCUGGCGCUGGGCCGUGAGCCGGAGGGGGACAGUGGCCUGAGUGACCGGGGCGACUGCGCGUACAGGGUCAGGCCGCAAAGCCGAACACCAGGCGGGAGGGGUGGCGCUCGGGCCGCCCCCGGCCCGCACCGGGUCCUGGCGGGCGGCGAGGCUGGGGCUGACUCCUCUCUCAGGAUGCCGGGGAAGGAAGAGGAGCGAGCCUUCCUGGCGGCCCGUGAAGAGCUGGCGAGCGCUCUGAGGAGGGAUUCCGGGCAGAUGUUUUCCCUGGAGCAACUCCGGCCGCUGUUGGCCACCUCUUUGCCUCCAGCCGCCCGCUACCUGCAGCUGGACGCCGCACGCCUGAUCCGCUGCAACGCUCAUGGGGAGCCCCGAAACUACCUCAGCACUCUGUCUACGGCCCUGAACAUCCUGGAGAAAUAUGGCCGCAACCUCCUCAGCCCUCAGCGGCCCCGUUACUGGCGCGGGGUCAAGUUUAAUAACCCUGUCUUUCGCAGCACGGUGGAUGCUGUGCAGGGGGGCCGGGAUGUGCUACGGUUGUAUGGCUACACGGAGGAGCAGCCAGAUGGGUUGAGCUUCCCCGAAGAGCAGGAGGAGCCGGAUGAGAACCAGGUUGCUGCAGUCACACUGGAAGUCCUGCUGCUUCGGACAGAGCUCAGCCUGUGGUUGCAGAAUGCUCAUCCCAGGCAGCAGGCACUGGAACAGCUGCUGAAAGGCAAAGCCGAAGAUGAUGUAAGAAAGAUGCUGCAGCUUUCUGAGUUCGGCCCCCUGCUGAGAGAGAUUGCCCCUGGCCCCCUCACCACACCGUCUGCCCCAGGCUCCACUCCUUGUUCCUGCUUCCUCUGUGGUUCUGCCCCAGGCACACUGAGCUGCCCAGCCUGUAAACAGGUCUUGUGUGCAGCCUGUGACCGCCUGUUCCAUGGACACCCAUCCCGUGCCCAUCACCUACGCCAGACCACCCACCUGAGCCCCAGUUUACCUGCCUCAGCUGCACUGCUGCCCCAGCCAAAUUCCCUGGUGGCCCUGAGAGACAGCUCUCCUUCCCUUGAUCCUGCAAAUGCCCAUCAGCCCUGGCACUGUGCUGCCUGUACCAGGCUAAAUGAGCCUUGGGCAAUGCUCUGCGUGGCCUGUGGUUGGCCCCGAGGCUGUAAGGAAUCAAGGCUGGAGAUUGAGGGCCCCCAAGAUACUGGGGGCCAAGAACCUGAACUUACACGAGGUCGGUGGGCCUGCCAGAGCUGUACCUUUGAGAAUGAGGCAGCAGCUGUGUUAUGUGCCAUGUGUGAGCGACCUCGGCUGGCCCAGCCUCCCAGCUUGGUGGUGGAUUCCCAGGAUCCUGGCUUUUCCUCACAGCCGCUUCAGCAGGGGGAUACUUUGCUCUCCUCUGCCCAGACUCAUGUCUGGUACUGCAUUCACUGUACCUUCGGCAACUCGGGCCCUGGCUGGGUGUGUGCUAUGUGCAACCGGACCAGCAGCCCCGGCCCAGAGCAGCAUGCCCCCCGGCCCAGUGCCUCCUCUUUGGAAAAAGGACUCCCCAAGCCUCGACCCCUGCAGUGCCUCAGUGCCUCCCUGCCCAACUCCUGUGGAGACCCUGAGAAGCAGCGCCAAGACAAGAUGCGGGAGGAAGGUCUCCAGCUGGUGGUCAUGAUCCGGGAAGGGGAAGCUGCAGGUGCCUGUCCAGAGGAGGUCUUCUCGGCUCUGCAGUACUCAGGCACCGAGGUGCCCCUGCAGUGGCUGCGCUCAGAGCUGCCUUACGUGCUGGAGAUGGUGGCUGAACUAGCUGGGCAGAAGGACCCUGGGCUGGGUGUCUUUUCCUGUCAGGAGGCCCGGAAAGCCUGGCUGGAGCGUCAUGGCAACCUUGAUGAGGCUGUGGAGGAGUGUGUGAGGGCCCGGAGGAGGAAGGUGAAGGAACUCCAGACCCUGGGCUUUAGGCCUGAGGAGGGGUCUCUGCAGGCGUUGUUCCAGCAUGGGGGUGACGUGACCCGGGCCCUUACUGAGCUGCAGCGCCAGCGCCUGGAGCCCUUCCACCAGCGCCUCUGGGACACUGGCCCUGAGUCUACCCCCUCUUGGGAUGGGCCGGACAAGCAGAGUCUGGUCAGACGGCUUCUGGCAGUCUACGCACUCCCCAGCUGGGGCCGAGCAGAGCUGGCGCUGGCGCUGCUGCAGGAGACUCCCAGGAACUAUGAGCUGGGGGACGUGGUGGAAGCUGUGAGGCAAAGCCAAGACCGGGCCUUCCUGCGCCGCUUGCUUGCCCAGGAGUGUGCUGUGUGUGGUUGGGCCCUGCCGCGCAAUCGGAUGCAGGCCCUGAUUUCCUGUGAGUGUACCAUCUGUCCUGACUGCUUCCGCCAGCACUUCACCAUCGCCUUGAAGGAGAAGCACAUCACAGACAUGGUGUGCCCUGCCUGUGGCCGCCCCGACCUCACUGAUGACACGCAGUUGCUCAGCUACUUCUCCACCCUCGACAUCCAGCUUCGGGAGAGCCUGGAACCAGAUGCCUACGCUUUGUUCCAUAAGAAGCUGACUGAGGGCGUGUUGAUGCGGGAUCCCAAGUUCCUGUGGUGUGCUCAGUGCUCCUUCGGCUUCAUAUAUGAGCGUGAGCAGUUGGAGGCUACGUGUCCCCAGUGUCACCAGACUUUCUGUGUGCGUUGCAAGCGCCAGUGGGAAGAGCAGCACCGAGGCCGGAGCUGUGAGGAUUUUCAGAACUGGAAGCGCACCAAUGACCCGGAAUAUCAGGCCCAAGGCUUGGCGAUGUAUCUUCAGGAAAACGGCAUUGACUGCCCCAAGUGCAAGUUCUCAUAUGCACUGGCCCGAGGAGGCUGCAUGCACUUUCACUGCACCCAGUGCCGCCACCAGUUCUGCAGUGGCUGCUACAAUGCCUUUUAUGCCAAGAAUAAAUGCCCAGACCCUAACUGCAGGGUGAAAAAGUCCCUGCAUGGCCACCACCCUCGGGACUGCCUCUUCUACCUGCGGGACUGGACUGCUGUCCGACUCCAGAAGCUGCUACAGGACAACAACGUCAUGUUUAACACAGAGCCUCCAGCUGGGGCCCGGGCAGUCCCUGGAGGUGGCUGCCGAGUGAUGGAGCAGAAAGAGGUUCCCAAUGGGCUCAAGGAUGAAGCUUGUGGCAAGGAAACUCCAGCUGGCCAUGCCGGCCUCUGUCAGGCACACUACAAAGAGUAUCUUGUGAGCCUCAUCAAUGCCCACUCACUGGACCCGGCCACCCUGUACGAGGUGGAGGAGCUGGAGACGGCCACCGAGCGCUACCUGCACGUGCGCCCCCAGCCACUGGCUGGCGAGGAUCCUCCUGGGUACCAUGCCCGCUUACUACAGGUGCCGUUGUCUUCUCUCUUCUGCAGAAGCUGACAGAAGAGGUGCCCUUGGGACAGAGUAUCCCCCGCAGGAGGAAGUAGCUGAGGGCCAGGUCCUGAUGAAGGCCCUGUGGCCCAGCUCCCUCAGGAACAGCUCCAGCACCAAUAAAGAGGCAUCUGAUUGCCCAGGC